CGUGGCCAACGUGGUUGGAGGCGGGACUAGGAGGGCUUCAAGUCUGAGAGACCUAAAGGCACCUCGAUCGUCUGGGGGCGGGGCCAACCAUGUGGGAGGCGGGGCCUUGAUGCUGGACAUCAGGCUGUGCUGCGGGCAGCCGGUGAGACGGCCGUGAAGAUGGCGGCCUCCUGGAGGCUAGGCUGUGAUCCGCGGCUACUGCGUUAUCUUGUGGGCUUCCCUGGCUGCCGAAGCGUAGGACUGGUGAAGGUGGCUCUUGGGUGGUCUGUAAGCCGCGGAGCUUAUUGGAGAUGGUUUCACAGCACUCAGUGGCUUCGGGGUGAUCCCAUUAAGAUAUUAAUGCCGUCACUGUCUCCUACAAUGGAAGAGGGAAACGUUGUGAAAUGGCUGAAAAAGGAAGGUGAAGCGGUGAGUGCUGGAGAUGCGUUAUGUGAAAUUGAGACUGACAAAGCUGUGGUUACCUUAGAUGCAAGCGAUGAUGGAAUCUUGGCCAAAAUCGUGGUUGAAGAAGGAAGUAAAAAUAUACGGCUAGGUUCACUAAUUGGUUUGAUAGUAGAAGAAGGAGAAGAUUGGAAACAUGUUGAAAUUCCCAAAGACGUAGGUCCUCCACCACCAGUUUCAAAACCUUCAGAGCCUCGCCCCUCCCCAGAACCACAGAUUUCCAUCCCUGUCAAAAAGGAACACAUACCCGGGACACUACGGUUCCGUUUAAGUCCAGCUGCCCGCAAUAUUCUGGAAAAACACUCACUGGAUGCUAGCCAGGGCACAGCCACUGGCCCUCGGGGGAUAUUCACUAAAGAGGAUGCUCUCAGACUUGUCCAGUUGAAACAGACGGGCAAGAUUACCGAGUCCAGACCAACUCCAGCCCCUGCAGCCACUCCCACAGCACCUUCGCCCCUACAGACCACAGCUGGGCCAUCUUAUCCCCGGCCUAUGAUCCCACCAGUAUCAACUCCUGGACAACCCAAUGCAGUGGGCACAUUCACUGAAAUCCCCGCCAGCAAUAUUCGAAGAGUUAUUGCCAAAAGAUUAACUGAAUCUAAAAGUACUGUACCUCAUGCUUAUGCUACUGCUGACUGUGACCUUGGAGCUGUUUUAAAAGUUAGGCAAGAUCUCGUCAAAGAUGACAUUAAAGUAUCAGUAAACGAUUUUAUCAUCAAGGCAGCAGCUGUUACCCUUAAACAAAUGCCAGAUGUUAAUGUAAGCUGGGAUGGAGAGGGCCCAAAGCAACUGCCGUUUAUUGACAUUUCAGUGGCUGUGGCAACAGAUAAAGGCUUACUUACACCAAUCAUAAAAGAUGCUGCCGCUAAGGGUAUCCAGGAAAUUGCUGACUCUGUAAAGGCUCUAUCAAAGAAAGCAAGAGAUGGAAAAUUAUUGCCUGAAGAAUACCAAGGAGGAUCUUUUAGACUUCUUUGUAUUAAGCUUAUAUAGCUUGUUUAACAGGAGAAAAAUAUAAUAAAUGUUUAAAGGACAUGAAAAAAGAAAAAGAAAUGAGUAUACUCCUUCAUGCUACAAACAGACCAUUUCUAGUACUGGAAGUGUCUCCAGCUUUAUUCCUCAUUUUGCAAAUGUAAACCACAGUACAGCCUAUGAUCAUAGCCACUGAAGUGGUCAGGAAGAGUCUUGUCAGUUCUCCAGCUUUUGCAGUGGAGUAAGUUGGAUAGAUUUCCUCCUCAAAGGACGUUUGGAUGAGUGGGAGCUUCAUUAGGAAAGAAGAGAAGCCUAUAGGCAAGUCUAGAAAACCUACGUCCCAUCACCAUACUGUAAGACAUAUGAGGCCGGACGAAGUGUGAUACAGCCCGGUGUCUUGCACACAACAGAUGCUCAGUAGUGUGUAAUAAGAGCCAUGACCCAGCUCUCAGGACACCGUCAAGCAGACAUUUAUGGGAUUAUCGAAAGUCAUUCAAAGAAGAGAGAUGUCAGUAGUCACCUGGUUCAGCAGUCUCACUGGCUCCCCAUCAGAAUUUCCUGGGGAAUCUUUUAAAAUGCACAUUUCUGGGUCCCACUUUCAGAAUGCUGAGUUCAGGGUUCAAAGCUCUGCAAGUGAUUCACAUAGACUGGUUUGUUGGUGAUCUACUUUGGGAAAACUUCUUUUACAAAUGAACUGAAUCAAUUGAAUAGUUUCUUUUUCCUUUUUACAUUAUGCUGGGUAUGCUAAGCGAGUGUUCGGCCUUUUCAAGUGUCUCUUUUCAGAAAUGCCAUGUUUAUUCCAUUGCCUGUGCUCAAAACUCUGCUGGGACUACCCUACUUAUCUUAACAGUGUUCAGAAAUAGAAUUCUUUUAACUGUCUUCAAAAAUAGGGUGACAGCACGCUUUUGAGAGGAGAAAGAAUGCUCAAAUAAUUUGUUAUAUAUUUUUGAAAUAUUUGUCAAAUGAGAAAGGUUUUGUUUUAUUGGUGGAAUGACAGGAACUAUAGUAUUAAAAUAUUUUCAACAAUAAUUUCUAAUAAACCAAAUUAUAUAUCCUUGUACAUUAAUGUAAAAAAAUUUAAAUAUCUAUAUAUUGGCUCUAUGACCAAUAAAAAUAAUAUAACCAGAAAUUAUUCUUGUUUUGUAAUCACCUUCUUAGUUAUUUUUUUCUUUGAAAAUAUUUUACUACUUCUAAAAUGUGUUAUGUGUAAUUGUGAUACACAUAAGUAUCACACAAAACAAGUAACAAAACAAACCUACAGAAAUGUUAUUUUUAGUGUCCGAAUUUUAUACAAUACAAAAAGUGGUAGUACUUUAUUAACAUGAUAUCUUGACUGAUGAUAAAAUUUUUCUCACUUGCAUUUCUGCGAAUUCAUUUAUUAGGUCAUACCUUUAGCAACUUUUUUAUGCUUUAAUAUUUUUUAGGAGAUUUUUAAAAGAACAGUUUUAGGUUCACAAAAAAAUUGAGUGGAAGGUACACAGAUUUCCCAUAUCACCUCUGCUCCUACACAUGGCAUUUUCUCUGCCAUUAGCACCAUCCCGCACUAGAAUGGUGGAUUUGUUGCAACUGAUCAAAAUAGUUUAUAUAUCAUUAUCCCCAAAGUCCAUAGUUUGCAUUAGGAUUCACUCUUGGUGUUAUACAUUCUAUGGAUUUGGACAAAUUUAUAAUAACAUGUAUACACUAUGACAUGUAUCUACUCAUACAGAGUAGUUUCACUGUCCUAAAAAUCGUUUUCUCUUCACCUAUUCAUUCUGAGCCAUUUUUAACUCUAGCAGUGUGUCACUAAUAUUUUCUGAAGGUU